AUGGUUUUGUUCAAGGAAACGAAUGUGGAACAGAUUCGUAGAAAUGAGCUCAAAAAUCUUAUACUCCAUGAUGACGAUCAACUUUGCGAAGGAACGGGGAAGAUAAGUAGUUACUUCACCGAUGAACCACUCUGCGAUUAUAUACAUAUUAUUGCCAAACCACCACUAUCACCUUUUAAAAUUGACUUUGUACGUAAUAUGCUUUUGUCUGAAGGAGACAUUGUAGAAUACCUAGACAAAGAUUGUAUUCAUAAAGCGACAUUAUGGGAAGUUCGAGAAAAACUCAAUAAAUUGUAUUUUGAACAAGAAGAAGAGGAUGAAGCUCACUGGAAUGAAGUUCUCUUAAAUUAUCUUUACCAAGAGAUGAUGUCGUGGACAUAUUUUAGGGCCGAAACAUUCUCACUGGUGAAACAACAUGGAGUAUUUACGUGGUUACUCAUUCCACCAAAUGUUUGUGAUCCUCUGCCAAUCUGUGAAAAUGUUUCACAAGAUUUACAAAAAGCUUUUGAUGAAGCCUUAAAGAAUGAACUGGGUCCACCAUUCCGCGAAAUGCAUUAUAAUCUGGUCGGGAUGAAUUCGUGGGUAUCUGGUAGAUGUUGUUCUUAUAGUCUUGGUGAGAAUCAAUGUAAAUCUUAUCAAAAUGACGUCGUUCGGUUGGGAUCGAGAAUAGGGGUAAUAGCACCACAAAGAACAUCAGGAACUCUUCGUUCUGGAACAGAUGUCACGAUCCAUCAGCCUUCGCAUGAAGAUCUAGAUGAACUGAUACAGACGUUUGAUGACUUAGCAGAUAAUGAUAAAAAUUUAAAAGGGCUUUCUGAAGCUAUGUGUAAGACAAUCGAAGCGCAAAAACAAAAAACUACCCUACAAACGUGA